AUGGAUAAAGCUCAAGAAUCUUCUGGAAGAAGAGUGGGGGUGGCUGUGGAUUUCUCACCGUGCAGCGAUCUAGCACUCAAAUGGGCGGUGGAUAACGCCGUUCGCGACGGAGAUACCCUCAUCCUCGUCGUCAUUCUCCCCGAACAAUUCUACGAGCACGGCGAGAUGCAGCUUUGGGAAACUACUGGACCUCCUCUGAUACCUGCAAGCCAAUUCACCGAUCCUGUUGUAAUGAAAAAAUAUGGGGUGAAACCCGAAGAUGCAACUCUGGAUAUUGUCAAAAAUGCAGAAAACCAGAAGAAAGAGGUUGAGAUAGUGAUGAAGGUCUACUGGGGAGAUGCGAGAGAGAAGUUAUGUGAAGCAAUUGGUAACAUACCUUUGGACUUCCUCGCGGUAGGGAACAGAGGCCUUGGCACCCUCAAAAGGGCGUUAAUGGGCAGUGUAAGCAAUUAUGUUGUGAAUCAUGCCUCUUGUCCCGUGGUUGUGGUGAAAUCCUCUGAUCGGCACCCUUAA